AUGGCUGCGGCGGCGGCGGCGGUGGAGGCGGGGGAGCUGGACGGGGAACAGAUGGGGUUGAGACUUGAGAGGAGGAGGGGAGCAGGCGAGCGGAAGGGAGACGGGGCAGAUGCCGGCGAUGGGCAGCCUCAAUCCGCCAUGUGGAUGCAGUUGGGAGGCGAAGGACCGAGGAGAGGAUAUUUGGAAGUCAAAGUCGAAGCUUGGGCCAGGCCGUGGGAAGUUUGGAGGUCAUCAGGCGGACAUGUACUCCGUCAAGUAGGCAUAGAUCAGCAGCUCAGCUGUAAGAUAUCAGCUGGCUCGACCCGGUGA